AUGAACCAUUUCAAAAUGGACGUAUUUAACUUUCAAAUUGUUUCAAAAUAUUUUUAUUUUGAAGAAGACUUUAUUAAUGCUGUUCUUGUGUGCAAAAAGUUCAUACAUUUAUUAGAAAGAUAUCGAUACAAUCCAAUUCCAGUGACUUCCAAACGAUUAUUUCCAUAUAUGGAAACACAACAUAUUUACUCAAAAAAUGAUGUUGAACUCAAAGAGAUAAAAAACUUUGUUGUGUGGUAUGAAGUUAGUUUCUCACAUACAAAACGUUUUGCAGAUCUUUCUUACACGUUUAAAAACGUUCGAAUUUCCAUUGAAGAUGUCGAAAGUGAACACAUCAACACUUACAAUGAACUAACAAAACUCCUACAAUCAAAUAACGUUAAAAAUUUUAACAGUCGGUUUAUGACGUCAUUUGACGUUCUCGACAGUAAACCAACUCAAAUUGUCGUGCCAAAGUUUAUAAAAGAACUCGACGAGUCUGCGUUCAGUGAAAAUAGUUCACUAAAAAGUGUCAUAUUAUGUGAAGGUUUAAACACAAUUUCUCAAUAUUGUUUCAAUGAAUGUGACAAACUAACUUCAAUCGAAUUACCUUCUUCUGUAUCGAUUAUUUGUUGUUGUGCUUUUUUAUCUUGUGGAUUUGAAAGUUUAACAAUACCAUCAUCUAUUUAUUCAAUUGAAUUUGGAGCAUUUUCAGACUGUUAUAAUUUGAAAGAAAUUAAACUUUCUGAUAAUGUUAAAACGAUUUCUUUCAUCACAUUCGAAAAUUGUCAAAAUCUAACAAAAAUUGUACUACCUCAAAAAUUGCUUGAAAUUCAAGAACAGGCUUUUAACAACUGUAAAAAACUCGAAGAUAUCAAAAUUCCACAAAGUGUGUAUAUUGUUGGGUCAAACGCCUUUAAAAAUUGUUUUAAAAUCAAAGAGCUUGUUUUUAACAGGAGUUGUGUUAUUGAAAGGGGUGCAUUUUCAAAAUGUACAUCUCUAACUCGGCUUAUAGUCCCAACAGUGAAUGGCAAAGUUCUCAACAAAAUAUCAAAAAAGGAGGUCGAUGUUUAUGAAAAGUUUAUGUAUGGUUUUGACGUUGAUGUUGACAAGUCAUCCGAUGAUGAUGACAAUGAGGAAAAUAUAAUAGAAAACAAUGAAGAAAACAGUGAAGUGAAUAAUGAAGAUAAUGAAGAAAUUGAUAAUGUAGAAAGCAGUGAUCGUGACUCUCUGACAAACAGUCAAGACAACACCGACUGUUUUAUAGUACCUGAUAAUGAAUUUAUACUGAAUGCAUAUUCAAUUGAUAAUUGUGACCAAAUUCGUCACAUUUAUGGCUUGGAUGAUGUAACUAAACUUGAAAAUUGUUGUUUCCAGGAUAUGAAAUCAUUGGAAGAAAUAAUACUUGGAGAUAAAACGUUAAUCGGAAGUGGCUGUUUUGAAAAUUGCACAUCGCUCUCAUUGUUAAAACUUCCGAAUAACAACAUGAAAAUUUCAUUUACACCAACAAUUAAUGAAACUUCAAUCUUGGAUAAAUUUGGGUACAUUUAUGAUGAAGUCAUUUUUGGGUUUGAAGAAGAUGACACAAUUACUAAAUUUGACGAUAUUGAGAGGUGUAAAUAUCCAGUUAUAAUUAAUCGUCAAUUUUCAAAUCAUUGCACACAAAAGAAGAUCAAAAUUCCACCAAACGUCACUACAAUUUCAGAUGCAUUUUUCUAUUUAAGUAACUUCGAAGAAAUUGAUUUGGGAAAUGUUUGUAAAGUUGGAGAAGGCUUAUUUGGACCAAAAUUGCGUUCAGUGACAAUUCCAACGACAUUAACAUCUAUUGGUAAAAACAUAUUUACAAAAUGCAACGACUUGAAAAGUGUAAAUUUGUGUGGCAAAAAGACUUUUGAUGGAUUAGUCACUUAUUCUCAAAUGCAACAAUUGAAACGGUUGCACGUGAAAUGCACUCAUUUGUGUGUAUCACUUGAUUUACUCGAUAACUUUAAAAAUGUACAAAACCUAAAUAUAACAAUUGAAAAGCCAAAUUUUGUUCAAACAAAUUCAUUUUUAGAACUUCCGAUUAAUGUUGUUGGUAUUGCAAACAACUGUUUUGAAUCAUUUUAUAACUUGAAAGAAAUAGUGUUAUCUUCAACACUAAAAACAAUUGAAAAAAAUUCGUUUAACGAUUGUAUUUCUCUAGAAAAAGUGAUAUUACCAGAUGGUCUUGAAAGCAUAAAAAGUAAUGCUUUUAAGUGUUGUGGAUUAACAGAAAUUGUUAUUCCCCAAACAGUUCGAUACGUUGGAUGGUAUGCUUUUAGUGAAUGUUACAAACUUAAACAUGUGAUUUAUUCGACAUCCACACAUCAAGAUACAAAUAUAUUCUACAAAUGUUAUUCACUGUCUUCUGUUGUAAUUAUUGAAACAAAGAAAAAGAACGUUCAUUUAGCAGAAAGUACUUAUAACACGUGUUACCGCCUUAGAGAAAUUACAAUACCAAACAAUGUGACGGGUAUUGGUAUAAAUUCCUUUUUUGAUUGUAAAUCAUUGAGUAAAAUCUUAAUUGGAAAAUCAGUUGAAAGACUCGAUAAAAGCUGCUUUGAAAAUUGCGAAAGUCUGGAACAAAUUGAAAUACCAAAUUCGGUUACUUUAAUCGACAAUUUUGCGUUCAAAAAUUGCAAAAAACUCAAACGAGUUGAUUUUGCUUCAAGUGAGUUAAAAAUGUCUCCAACUGUUUUUGAAAACACCAAAAAUUUGACAGAGAUUAAUGUUGGUGGUGUAAAGCUUUCAACAAUAACAUUUCCUGUAUCAUAUAGCGUGUCAAAAACAUUUGAAACAAAUUUAAUGCAAUGUGAAAACGUUAUUUUUACGAAAUGUGAUAUUGAAAAGUACUUGAAAAUGUACAAAGAAAACGGGGAAAAUGUUGGAGAAGUCCCAAACGGUGUCGUUGAAAUAGAAAAAAACUGUUUUAGAAAUUAUAAAUUGGUUACAAUGCUAAAAAUGCCAAUCAGUUUAAAAAUAGUAAAUAGUUGCUGCUUUUGUGACUCGGUAACAGUUGAUAACGUUAUUUUUGCAAAUAAAGAAUCUGUUGUUAUCAAUGCAUUUGCUUUUGGAUUACAUUAA